GGGGAUUAAAAACAAACGGAGGAACUUGAUUUCCGGACUUCAAGACACGUUUUUACUGACUUCCAUCUGCAGAAGACAUGGCGAAAAUGCGCCUCCUGCUGGUGGCCCUGCUGCAGUUACUCGACAGGUGCCACACUGUUCCACGAUUUUCAAACGGUUUCCUCUACCAUGACAUCUUCAACAACAACGGCAACGGAGAAAUUUCCUACAAUGGAGUGCAGCUUCACGUUGCGUCUGACCAGACGUCAGUGUUCACCUCUCGUGGCGGCAACGUCACCCUGCCCUGUCGUUACUGGUACGAGCCGCCUCUCAGCUCCCCCCGCAGGACGCGCGUCAAGUGGUCCUGGCAGCCCAUCACUGGGGGCCAGGAGUCGGACGUCUUGGUUGCCAUCGGCAACCGGCUGCGAACCUUUGAUCGCUUCCAUAACCGGGUGCACCUUCGGGAGGACAGUGUCGGGGACGUGUCCCUCGAGAUAGUGGGGCUGCAUCUGAAUGACUCGGGACGCUACAGGUGUGAGGUCAUCGAUGGCCUGGAGGAUCAGAGUGUGCCCAUCGACCUGGAGCUGCGAGGUGUGGUGUUCCCCUACCAGCCGCAUCACGGCCGCUACCGCCUGACCUUCUCCAUGGCCCAGCAGGCCUGUGAGGAGCAGGAGGCUGUCAUGGCAACCUUCGAGCAGCUCUACACGGCCUGGGAGGAGGGCCUGGACUGGUGCAACGCCGGCUGGCUGGCUGACGGCACCGUGCAGUACCCUAUCACGCUACCCAGGCUGCCAUGCGGCGGCUGGGGCCUGGCGCCGGGGCUGCGCAGCUACGGGCCGCGGCAUAAACAUGCCCAUCGCUAUGACGCCUUCUGCUUUUCCUCCUCUCUUAAAGGGAAGGUUUACUACCUCCAGCAUCCCCACAAGCUCAACUUCAGUGAGGCCACCCAGGCCUGUGGAGACGACGCAGCUCACAUGGCCAAGGUGGGCCAGCUCUACGCCGCAUGGAAGUUCACUGGCCUGGACCAGUGCGACGCCGGCUGGUUGGCUGACGGGAGCGUGCGCUAUCCAAUCACAAACCCCCGUCCGAACUGCGGCCCCAUGGAGGCUGGGGUGCGUAGCUUUGGGUUCCCGGCCCCUCGCCACAAGCAUGGCGUGUACUGCUACAAGGCAGAGCCCAAGCCAUUUGGAGAGGAGAUAGUGACGGCUUGAGUAAGAGAGCUUUUGAAAGAAGUAUUGAUGGAGCAGUAUACAGUUUUUGUCACUAAAAUUUGAUAAGAGGGAGACAUGCAACAGCCUUUUCCAUGUCGUUAUGGUUUGUAUGUUUUC